UCCAGCUGACGGGUAAAGAUGGAGAGGGGGAGAGGAGGAGGAGGAAGGAGUGUGGGGGGCUCCAGCCUCCACAGGAGCAUUUACUCCCAGUCUCAACAGCAGUAUCACUAUCCUGCCUCCUCUCAGGGGGGCUGCAUGGAGAUCCAGGAGCUAGCCUCCAAAAGGGUGGACAUCCAAAAAAAGCGAUUUUAUCUGGAUGUGAAGCAGAGUUCCCGAGGCCGCUUCCUGAAGAUAGCGGAGGUCUGGAUAGGAAGAGGCAGGCAGGAAAAUAUCAGGAAAAGCAAACUGACUCUCUCCUUGUCUGUGGCUGCUGAGCUGAAGGAUUAUCUGGGAGAUUUCAUAGAGCACUAUGCCCAUUUGGGCCUCAAAGGCAGUCAUAGUCAUAGACAUGAACACAGUAAUGGCAAAGAGCAAGAUUUGAGAAGGCGGCAACAGCAUCAUCUGCUUUCGCCUCCAGCAUCUGUUGAAUCAGAAGAGCAUCCUCACAGUGUCCUGAAAACUGAAUAUAUAGAAAGAGACAACAGGAAGUAUUAUCUAGACCUGAAGGAGAAUCAACGUGGGCGUUUCUUAAGGAUUAGACAAACCAUGAUUAGAGGACCAGGCAUGAUAGGUUAUUUUGGCCACAAUUUGGGACAGGAACAGACUAUUGUCCUUCCAGCCCAAGGGAUGAUUGAAUUCAGGGAUGCUUUGGUCCAGCUAAUUGAAGAAUAUGGGGAGGGAGAUAUAGAAGAACGACGAGGUGGGGGUGAUGAACCCCUUGAGCUUCCAGAGGGGACUUCCUUCAGGGUGGAUAACAAGCGGUUCUACUUUGAUGUGGGAUCAAACAGAUGAGUUAUUAAUUACUGCACCAACAUUCCUGGGUGUGCAAGAUAUGAAGAUGAAUAUUGGAUAUCAUCAUGGCAGAAGCUUGUGUGCUGUUUUUGCCUCUUCCACUGCUUCACAGACAGUCCAGGGCUGAAUGGAAAGACAUUGUUUUCAGUGCUUUGAGUGCCUUCUGCUAUUUUCUGCAGAACUACUGAAAAGAUUCAUUUUUCAUCCAUUACUGAUUUUCUGAACCAUGUAUAAAAAUGGGCAUUUUUUUUGGCCUUCAUGACAGUUAUAUUUGUAUAGCUACAAAAUGCUACAUUUUUCAUGUAGUAUUUAAACUUUGCUGCAAAUAAAAGUGAAAAAAUUACAAGCCAACUUAAGAAUUUUACUUAUUUUUAUGCAUAGCUGGCACUUGCUUAUUAAGAAUAUCUAAACAUGAUUUUCUAAUGCAUAUUUUUAUUUUUUUAUUCUCAACUGAACUUCUGAAUGUCAAAGUGAUACAUUGUAGCAAUACUAAAUGUUGCAUUUGACCACGAGCAUCAGCUGAAUCAAACAUUUGAUUUACCAUACUUGAAGUUGAAGCCGUUCAAAAGUUCAGAGAAAAAGUAUACCCUAGAGUACAGUCCAUUCAGGAUCACAGGGCAUUGCCAUUCAGAAGAUGGAUUAAGGGCUCAAUCAAUAGAAAAUGUAUCAUUCCCCUGAGUCUUGGACAGGCACAAGUAUUGGGGGGGUGGGGGGAGAGAAGGAAAUAUUUCUAUGGCAGGCUGACUUUUAUUUUAAGUGGUUGCUGUCUGAGGCUGCCCAAGGGGUUGAUAUGUUAGAAUGGUUCCUCAGAGAAAUGAUUAAUGAGUAAAGUAGGAGAGGCAGUCGGAGGUGAUAAACUGCACAGCCAUAAAGAAAGAUUAAUCUGUCACAUGGACAUCUUCACGUAUGUGUGUGUGGGGGGGUGUAAACGUAUGGUACAGUUAAGAGUGAAUGUAUUCCCUGAAUGGCUUGUGGUUUUAUUAGACACUAAAUAUUUAUCUUUGAUUUUGAAAGGCAUUGAGCACGCAUACAACUCAGUGAAGGCAAGAGGAUGGCAAAAUUUUUGAAAAAUCAGACCCCUGGAUUAUAAUGAAAGAACUGCUAUACUUUGUGGGUCAAAUGCAGUGAGGAAAGGAACUAUUUUCCUACUACAUGGCCAAUUCCAACUCAAGAGCAAAGGCAUUUUACAGAUAUAAAAGAGAUGCUUUAUUUUUCUCUUUUAGACUAAGCUCAGUACAGCUGUGAUGGUUUUAAAAAAUAAAUUCUAGGAGUACAAAAGAUGAGGAUCCAAAUCCUCCACUGUCCAAUAGUUUAUCCUUACUGUGAAGUUGCAUUUUGUUUCCAAUUUGCAUUUUUCCUAACUUCAGCUUCCAGAUGGUGGAUCUUGUUAUAACUCAAUCAUAGUCCAAGUAUUUACACAGAAAAAAGGCUGUUUGAUAUUAGGAAGCCUUAACCUACAGAUUGUUUCCUCUUAACUUUCUCUUUGAUAACCUAAAUAGAUUAAAUCCCUUUAGUCUCUCACUGCAGUGCAGAUUUUCCAGGUCACAGUAUUUUUGUAUCUUUGAUUAGAAUCCUCUCUGAUUUAUUCAUCUUCUUUUGAAGUCUAGAUGCCCGGACUGGAUGCAGUAGCCCAGUUAUGGGCUUACUAAUGCUGUCUACAUAGGUAAUAACACUUCCCAACUCCAGUUGUGUAUUAUCUUGUCUAUACAUCCAAGAGUUGCAUGAGCCCUCUUAGUCCUGUUGGGAUCUCAUGUUCAGUUGGUUCCCCUCUGUAACUUUUAAGUUCUUUCCAGAAUACAGUCCCCCAUCCUGUAAGUGUGACUUGCUGCCUUUGUUCCUGAGUAUGUGACAACCAUGUUUGGUUGCAUUAAAACACAUCAUUUGAUUGCAUCUGGCUUACAAAAUGAUCCUGAUUGCUGUGGAUGAGUGACCUUCUCUAGCUCCUGCGAUGGGGCACGGCCAGAUGGCUACAGUAACGUACUGAGGAACAGGUAUGUUAGCCCCAGGCUAAACAAAUCCCUAGUACU